AUGACAUCCCUUCCACGUAAGAUAUGGGAACAUCCAGCCCCAGAGUCGACCCAGAUGGGUCACUUCCAGCAAGACCUAGAGAAAUCCACCGGACGCAAGUUCGACUCUUUCCAUGAGAUGUACCUGUAUUCAGUCAAGAACCGUUCGGCAUUCUGGGAAUUCUGCUGGAAAUACUUCCAACUGAUCCACGAGGGCUCCUACACCAAGGUAGUCGAUGAAUGCGCUCGGAUGGACAGCGUGCCAGAAUGGUUCACCGGCGUACGUCUGAACUUCGCCGAAAACUUACUUUUCUCGCGCGUUGCUGGCGACAAAACAGACAAGGAAGACGACAAGAUUGCCGUGAGCGAAGUGCGAGAAGGCGCGGCGCAUGAAGUUGUCCAUCUUACGUGGGGUGAGCUCCGACGACGGACUGGAACGCUGGUCCAGGCUAUGAAGGCCCAUGGGGUUGUUCGGGGUGAUCGUAUUGCUCUCUGUGCAGCAAAUAGCAUUGAUACGCUUCUUGUGUUCCUGGCGUCCACGGCUCUGGGAGCUAUCUUCUCGUCCAGUUCUACGGAUAUGGGUACUAAGGGUAUUCUGGAUAGACUGCUUCAGAUCAAGCCUCGUUGGCUGUUUAUGGACGACUUGGCUGUUUACAGUGGGAAGAACAUUGACUUGCGACCGAAGAUUGGGGAAAUUGUUCAAGGCAUGGAGUCUGAUACUGAAUUCGAUGGGGUCAUCGUACUACCUCGAUUCUCUUCGCGGCCGGCGGAUAUCAGCUCCAUUCCUAGGACUAAGACUCUGGCGGAGUAUCUCGCAAAGGCGGGCGGCAACGAGAAACUUGAAUUUGAAAGAGUUGGAUUCCGUGAUCCUUUCUUGGUGGUUUACUCGUCUGGCACGACAGGGCAGCCGAAGUGUAUCGUCCAUUCUGUGGGUGGUGUGCUUCUAAACUCCAUGAAGGAGGGCAUAUUGCAUACCGAGUUCGGGCCUGAUUCUGUCGCCUUGCAAUACACAACCACUGGAUGGAUUAUGUAUAUGUGUGCCGUACAGACUUUGCUCUUUGGUGCGCGGGUGGUGCUAUAUGAUGGAAGCCCAUUUAUUCCUGGCAUCACUGCUUUGGUUGAUCUUGCAGCCCAGGAGAAGGUGACCCAUCUUGGAAUAUCACCCCGGUGGCUGCAUGAGUUACAGCAGGCCAAGAUCAAGCCCCGUGAGAAAGUUGACCUCAGCUCUUUACAGGUUGUUACAAGCACUGGUAUGGUGCUGCGGGAUGCAUUGUUUGAGUGGUUCUACGAUGAAGGGUUCCCAUCCCAUGUUCGCCUGAAUAAUAUUUCUGGCGGCACUGAUAUCGCAGGAUGUUUUGGAAUCGGCAACCCUCUUGCCCCCCUGUAUGUUGGCGGAUGGGGCGACGGAAUCAAGGGUGAGCCUGUGGAGGAGGGUAUUCCGGGCGAAUUAGUCGCCACGUCUGCUUUUCCCAACAUGCCCACCAUGUUGUGGGGUGACGAGGGCGGCAAGAAGUACCACGAUGCGUAUUUUGGGAGAUUCGAUAGUGUGUGGACACAUGGCGACUUCGUUUCCAUCCAUCCAAUCACAAAACAGAUCAUGUUUCACGGACGCGCCGAUGGGGUCCUCAACCCAUCGGGUGUGCGGUUUGGAUCGGCCGAGAUCUAUCGGGUACUCGAGGGUCAAUUUUCGAAAGAGAUUGUUGACUCCAUAUGUGUUGGUCAGCGACGACCAACAGAUAUAGACGAGCGAGUCAUGCUCUUUUUGCUCCUGAAACCAGGGGUAGCGUUUACGCCGGACUUGGUUGCACGAGUGAAAAGCGCGAUCCGUACAGAGCUGAGCCCCCGCCAUGUGCCGAUGUUCACGUUCGAGACACCCGAAAUCCCGACCACAGUCAACCUCAAGAAGGUGGAACUUCCUGUGAAGCAGAUUGUUUCGGGAAAAAUCAUUAAGCCAUCGGGGACACUUCUCAACCCGAAGUGCUUAGACUUCUACUAUCAAUUCGCCAAAGUGGAAACCUUGCGCCAGAGCAAGCUCUGA